CCAUCAAAUUUAUACGUACAUCCUGGUCCAUUAGAGCAUGAUGUAUUAAAAAUUCAAGUUCAUCAUCGUUCCGAAGGAAUUUGGAAUGAUUUGGGCAUGGGAAAGAAUUAUUCCCCAGCAACCAUUGCCAAAGCCUCUAAGAACCAAUCAAUUUGAGGCUUUAACUGCGCUUGCAUGUAAAUGGACGCGACGUAGAAAUCAUCAAAAUGAGGCACGAACUGUAAUCAGUGUGAUUAGGGAUGUACUUGAUAAUCUAACUGAUGAACAGUUUAUUUGGCAGCCUUAUUCGGAAGAUGUUAUUAAUGGAUUGCCUGAGUGGUGUCGGUCAGGACAACGUGUUUGGAUGGCACAUGUGCCACUGAUUUAUGGAAUUUAUCGUGAGUGGCACAUGAUUGAUCGUGUUGUGAGACAGUUCGGUUAUUUACAACAUAUUCCUGGACCGUGUACCCAAUUUUCCGAAUAUCAUUUUAAGCGUGAUAAACGAUCAAAAAUAAAACAAGAAGAUAUAGAUGCAUUUAACUAUAUACAAUAUUUAUGGGAACAACAUCAAAAUCGUAUAUUUCGACCUCCAUUUGUAAGUGAUCAAACAGAUUACUUCCGUUGGUACAUGAGGCAUACCCGCAUGGUCAUUGGAAAUCCACAACAUGUUGUACAAAAAGGGUAUCAACACAUGGCAGGAAGACAUGAGACAUUAGUAUGUAUAUUACAUAAAUUUCAAAUUAUUAUGUCAAUCUUUAAUUAAUUUUUUUAUUAAUAUUUGUUUAUUCAUUAUAGGCUAGGGGUCAUGAAAUGCAGUAUCGUCGAGCUCGGAUGAUUGAAAAUGAUGAAAAUCAAUCUAAUGAAAUGAGACAAUAUGCAGCGGAAGUCGCUCGUAUUUCAAUGGAGUCAAUAAAUGCGGCCUUUCAGGGAACGCGAUUGAGCUUUGAUCAUGAUUACAAUCCUCCCACUCAAUACGAUGAACCACCACCAGUACAAGUAUUUCGCCGAUCACGACAAAUAACACCGAGAGAGGGUGCUCGUCGAGGUAGAAGGACCACUAGUGAAACAACUAAUUUUUCUGUAGGGCCCUCUAACACUAAUGUGGCGACUCCCGAGCCUUAUUACCCCACAUUUGAUUUUUCUGUAGGGCCCUCUAACACUAAUCCGAAUUUUUCUAGUCAGCAAACAGUUGGUUUUGUAACUCCGCAGGUUCCAAUAUCUGGAUUUGCACAAUUUAGUGGUUCUCAAUAUGGUUUUCAACAUGGUAUGCGUGAAUUUCCGAUACAUAAUUCUCCAUUUAGUGGAAGAUUGAAUUUUUCGAAUGUAACUGCGUUUGAUGAUUCAAGAUUUAAUGCUGGGGCUUCACAAAAUUUAGUUCUUAAUAGACAAAAUCCACCUCGGAGAACAUCUAGGCUACACAAAUCAACUAGAUGUGGAACAGGCAGUCACUAUCAAAAUGAGGAAGAUUUUGAAAAUGAAGAUGAAAAUGAAGAUGAGAAUGAAUAUGUAGAAGAUUCGGAUUCAGAAGAAUAAUUUUUUUUAUGCACCUUUAUUCUAAAAGGCUGAAGAUUCGAAUUUUGAAAUAUGUAAAUUUUGUUGUUUCGUGCAAGUUUGAACAAAGUAAUGAGA